AUGGUGAUCAAAACUAAGUUUCCCUAUCCUUUAUUCUUAUGGUUUGUGUUCACCAUAUAUUUCUCUUCUGGGUUGCUGUCACUGGGUCAUGGGAUUCCUAGACAGAGGACGGACCUCGACCGAUGCGUAGAUCAAUGCCGGCGGGAGGAGAAGGAUUUUCCAGGCUUAUUUGAUUGCGCAGCUCGUUGUGACAGGAAGUAUGUAGGUACCACUCCUUGGGAAGGGGAGGGCUCUCGGCGGGAACUCCAGAAGUGUCGGAAACGUUGUGAAUCGGAGGAAAGCGGGAGGACGCAACAGCAGCAGUGUGAGCAACGCUGUGUGGAGGAAGUGAGGGAGGAAGAACAAGAACGCCAACGAGAGCAAAUAGAACGAGAAUACGAACAGUGCCGAAAACAAUGUGAAAGGCAAGAGAGAGGGGAGCAACAUCAGCAACAAUGCAAGAGCUGGUGCGAGCAACAGAGAGAAAAAGAGGAAAAAAGGCGAAAAGGCGACCAAAAUCCACAAAGAGAAGAGCAGCAACAGAGGAACAAUCCUUACUACUUCCACGCACAGAGAUUCCAUUAUCUUUUCAAGUCCCAAGAGGGUCAUAUCAAGGUUUUACAGAGGUUUAGCGAAAGAUCUCAACUUCUUCGUGGCAUCGACAAUUACCGAUUGGCCAUUACAGAGGCUAAUCCUAGCACAUUAGUUGUCCCACACCAUUCUGAUGCUGAAACUAUCGCGGUUGUUGUAAGAGGAAAGGGAAUCAUUACUCUUGUGUCACAAGAAAGAAGGGAAUCCUUCAACAUGGGUCUUGGAGAUAUGCUUAGAGUUCCUGCAGGGGUUACUGUAUAUCUAAUUAACCAAGAGAAUAGUGAAAAGCUACAAUUAGCUAUAAUUUUUGAACUUGUUGCCGGUGCUCUUCCAUCCUCUGGAGGUGGAAAUCCAGAGUCAUAUUACAGAGUCUUCAGCAAUGACAUCCUCCAGCGCGCUCUAAACACACCAAGUGACCAGCUACAGAGGCUCUUUGAGGGGGAGCAGAGGCAGCAUGGCGCAAUCAGAAGAGCCACGCCAGAGCAGCUUAAAGGAGGAAUGAUGGUUCCACACUACAAUUCCAAGACCACAACAAUUGUUCUGGUAAUAGAAGGAAGGGGACGCUUAGAAAUGGGUUGCCCACAUCUUUCACAUCAAGGCCAAGGAUCACAGGAGCCAAGAGAACAAAGAGAGGAAGAAGAAAGUAGUGGAAGACUUCAAAAAAUCACAGCUGAAUUGUCUCCAGGUGACGUUUUCAUAAUCCCGGCAGGUCAUCCCAUAGCCCUGGUUGCUCAAAAUGAGAAUCUGCGAACAGUUGGGUUUGGAAUCAAUGCCCUGAACAACCAGAGAAACUUCCUUGCAGGGAAAAUUAACAUAAUGAACCAAGUGGAGAGAGAGGCCCUGGAAAUCGCGUUCAACGUACCUGCAAGAUUGAUAGAGAGGAUUUUCAGUGACAACCCCAAGGAAUCAUAUUUUGUGGCAGGGCCUGAACUGGCCAGGCCUGAAGAGGAGGAACAGAGAGAGGAAGGGAAAGGGCACUCUUUGCCAUCAGUUUUGGACUUAAUUGGUUUCUGA